GUGCUAAUACCUCAUCGUCGUCCUUCAGCCUCUUUUUCAUUCCUGGCAAAUAUAUAAACGACAUCCCCAGACCGUGAUGAUGGGUCUUGUGGAUUGAUAUCAUCGGCCAAUUCGCUUCUACUCCAUCCAUUGGCAUUGCUUUCUCAUCUUCAUCUGUCUUUGCGGUCGCUUUCAUGACAUUGGCCGAUUGCCACUUCUGAUCCUCCGCUUCCUAUCCUCACUACAGCACCAGAUCCCCUUCCUGACCCUUCUACUUAUGCCUAGUGCUUCCUACCCACUCUAUUCAUCAUGACUACCAAGGAAGAAUACUACACGGCUGACAGCGAGUCGCCCCGCAAGGCUUCGCUUGUCGAUACAGCCCGCAAGGAAGAUCUCCUGAGCGAGGCUGUUGCAGGUACACAGGCCGAACAUGCUCUCGGCUUUUGGAAGUCGCUCAAGCUUUACAGAACCGCAUGUUUGUGGUCUGUUUUCCUCUCAACAUGUAUCAUCAUGGAGGGCUUCGACAUCACUUUGAUUAACAGUCUUUACGCCUACGAGCCAUUCAACAAGAAGUUUGGCGAGCUGCACUUCGACGCAGAGCACCCAGACGGCUUCUAUACCCUCACAGCUGCUUGGCAGGCAGGCCUAUCCAACGGUGCCUACUGCGGUGAAAUCAUUGGUCUGUUCCUCGCUGGUAUUAUUGCCGAUCGAUUUGGUUACCGUAAGACUCUCAUUUGCGCCCUCGGUCUAAGCUGUGCCUUCAUCUUCAUCAUCUUCUUCUCCCAAUCCCUUCCCCAACUUCUCAUUGGAGAGCUUCUCAUCGGUAUCCCUUGGGGAGCCUUCCAGACUCUGACGACCACCUACGCUGCCGAAGUCUGCCCCCUCCACCUUCGCGCCUACCUCACCACCUAUGUCAACCUCUGCUGGGUCAUUGGACAGCUUCUGUCGUCCGGAGUCCUCGUUGCCAUGUUGGCUCGUGACGAUGAAUGGGGCUUCCGAAUCCCCUUUGCUCUGCAAUGGAUGUGGCCCGUCCCCUUGAUGAUUGGUAUUUACCUUGCCCCCGAAUCACCCUGGUGGUUGGUGCGCAAGGGCCGCAUCGAAGAGGCCAAGCAUUCCCUCCUCCGCCUUACCACCCGCAACUCUGGCCUGGAAUUCAAGCCUGAUGAGACCAUUGCCAUGAUUGUUCACACCAACGAAAUGGAGCGUGAGCUUCAAGCCGGCAUGACCUACUGGGAUCUCUUCAAGGGCACCAACCUUCGCCGUACUGAGAUUGUGUGCGCUGUCUGGUCUGUGCAGGCUGUCUGCGGUGCUUCCUUCAUGGGUUACUCGACGUACUUCUACAAGAAGGUCGGUUUGGAUGACCACGGUGCAUUCUCUAUGAGUCUUGGUCAGUACGGUCUCGGCGCUGUUGGUACUCUCCUUUCCUGGUCCCUCAUGGGACGAUUCGGUCGCCGCACACUGUACCUUUACGGUCAAGCUCUGCUCUGCAUCCUUCUUCUCAUCAUUGGAUUUGCAUCUCUCGCCGGCCGCAGCAAUAUCGCCAGCCAAUGGGCUAUUGGAUCUAUGCUAUUGGUUUUCACCUUCAUCUAUGAUUCAACUGUCGGUCCUGUCUGCUACUCUCUUGUUGCUGAGCUUAGCUCGACUCGUCUCCGCACCAAGACCGUCGUGUUGGCACGAAACGUCUACAACAUGCUCAGCAUCAUCACCAACAUCAUUACUCCCAACAUGCUCAACGAGACAGCGUGGAACUGGGGUGCCAAGGCUGCUUUCCUCUGGGCUGGCACCUGCUUCCUCUGCACCACCUGGACCUUCUUCCGCCUCCCCGAGCCCAAGGGCCGCACGUAUGGUGAGCUCGACAUUCUGUUUGAGCACGGAGUCAGCGCCCGCAAGUUUGCCAGUACCGAGGUGCACAGCCUUCAGGGCAAUGAGCAUAGCGUCUCUGCUGUUGAGAAGGUUGAGUCGGAGCAGGUAGAGCAUGUUGUAAAGAACUGAUGUACAAAUUGGAUUAUUUCUUUUGAGCGCAUUAUUAGCGAUGUUUGAUGAUUUCUCUCUUCCUCAAUUUUAUAUAUCAACUGCAUAUGACCAAUCAAGACUAUUCCUUUUUCUCAUUCUCAUCUAUCUACUCCCCUGUUAACAGCGCAGAACUCGGUGUUUGAGUUUCAAUAGCCGAUGAGCUAGUGACAAGCUGCAGUUACAUUGCAGCAUAAGGUUAUUUAACGGCUGUCUGGGGAACAGAGGGCCGCCCCUGUAACGCAAACUUUGGUAUUUGUUCUGCAUCUUGAUACCUAAAAAGCCAC